ACAAAUUUGAAAUUCAUGGCAACGAGCGGGGCAGCUACGCCGGCGACGUCGACGGCGACAUUUUCCGGCAAGAAAAAACAGCGGAAAGGCCGACAGCCACAAGAGAACAUAAAUGUCUCCGAAGCUAGUCGGAUUAACAUCUCGCAAAUUCUCGAACAGUUUCGCGCUUCCAACGAGCUAGUGUACACAUUUGAUGUCAACCUGACAAACCGUGAGCGUGCUGCAGUGCAUACAUUAUGUAGGAAAAUGGGUGUGAAGUCCAAAAGUUCUGGGCGUGGGGAUCAGAGGCGAGUUUCUGUUUAUAAGACUAAGAAGAAAGUGGAUAGCACAAACGAAAACCUUACCUCUUUCACAUUUUCAGAAGAGGCUAAAGAUAUAUUACAGGAUAUGUUUGUGCGCUAUCCUCCAGAUGAUGAUGAGAUGAGCCAAUAUAUUUCUGGAAUGCAUAAUGAGAAAGCUGAUAAGGUACGAGGGAAAAAAGAUGACAUUUUUAGUAAACCUUUGCUAAGCAAGUCAGAGAUUGCCAAAAGGGUUGAAGCACUUAAUUCCCGGGCAGAAAAGAACCAAAACCUAAGACAGAUAACUGAAGGAAGGGCCAAGCUUCCAAUUGCAUCAUUUGCAGAUAUCAUUAAAUCCACUGUAGAAUCUCAUCAGGUGGUUCUUAUCUCUGGUGAAACUGGAUGUGGAAAAACUACUCAGGUCCCCCAGUUUCUUUUGGAUCAUACGUGGAGUAAAGGGGAGACAUGUAAAAUAGUCUGUACACAGCCACGACGAAUUUCUGCUACAUCAGUUGCUGAGAGAAUUUCUGCUGAAAGAGGUGAAAAUGUUGGAGAUACUGUUGGCUACAAGAUACGGCUGGAAAGCAAAGGUGGAAGGCAUUCAUCAGUUUUGUUUUGCACCAAUGGCAUAUUAUUGAGGGUUUUAGUUUCCAAAGGAAGCAAUAGGAUGAGCAAAAAUGAUUCCAAAAAAGUUGCAAAGGAUGAAGCAUCUGAUAUAACUCACAUAAUCGUGGAUGAGAUUCAUGAAAGGGAUCGGUAUUCUGAUUUCAUGCUGGCAAUUCUCAGAGAUAUGCUUCCUCUGCACCCUAAUCUACGACUGGUACUGAUGAGUGCUACAAUUGAUGCUGACCGUUUUUCAAAAUAUUUCGGUGGCUGUCCGAUUAUCCGAGUUCCAGGGUUUACAUAUCCUGUGAAAAUUUUCUAUCUGGAGGAUGUACUUUCUAUUGUGAAGGCAAAUGAGAAUAACCACCUCAAUACUCCUUCAGAAAGUAAUACAAUUGGGGAAUCUGCAUUAGCAGAGGAAUACAGGAUUGCACUUGACGAUGCCAUUACUUUGGCUCUGUCAAAUGAUGAGUUAGACACCCUCCGAGAUCUAAUUUCUUCUGAAGGUUGCCAGAAAAUUUUCAACUACCAGCAGUCUUCCUCUGGAGUAACACCAUUAAUGGUUUUUGCUGGGAAGGGCUGUAUAGGUGACAUUUGUAUGCUUCUCUCUCUGGGUGCUGACUGUCACUUACGGGCCAAUGAUGGAAUGACUGCUCUUGAUUGGGCUGAACGUGAGAAUCAGGGAGAAACUUCUGAAAUAAUAAGGCAGCAUAUGGAUAAAUCCUUUUCUAACUCUGAGGAGGAGCAACUUUUACUUGAUAAAUAUUUGUCCAGUGUUGACCCUGAACUGAUUGAUGAUGUCCUUAUUGAGCAGCUUCUGAAAAGAAUAUGUCAUGACUCACAGGAUGGAGCAAUUCUUAUUUUUCUUCCUGGAUGGGAUGAUAUAAAUAGAACACGUGAAAGAUUACUUUCUGGUCCCUAUUUUAGAGACUCUUCUAAGUUUGUAAUUAUACCUCUGCAUUCCAUGGUUCCAUCUGUGGAGCAAAAGAAGGUAUUUAGACGGCCCCCUCCAGGUUGCCGAAAAAUUGUUCUGUCAACCAACAUAGCUGAGACAGCUCUUACCAUUGAUGAUGUUGUUUAUGUUAUAGACAGUGGAAGGAUGAAAGAAAAGAGUUAUGACCCUUAUAACAAUGUAUCAACUCUACAGUCUUCUUGGAUAUCAAAAGCUAGUGCCAAACAGCGAGAAGGACGUGCAGGUCGUUGUCAACCAGGGAUCUGUUAUCAUCUUUAUUCCAAGCUUCGAGGAGUCUCCUUGCCAGAUUUCCAGGUUCCUGAGAUCAAGAGAAUGCCAAUUGAAGAACUAUGCUUGCAGGUGAAGCUUAUAGAUCCAAAUUGUAAAAUAGAAGAUUUUCUGCGAAAGAUGCUGGACCCGCCCAUUUAUGAGACCAUAAGAAAUGCAAUUAUUGUUCUCCAAGAUAUUGGUGCCUUGUCUCUUGAUGAGCAACUCACAGAACUUGGAAAGAAGCUGGGGUCUAUACCUGUUCAUCCUCUGACAAGCAAGAUGCUUUUUGUUGCCAUAUUAUUGAACUGUCUUGAUCCAGCAUUGACUCUAGCUUGUGUUUCUGAAUAUAGAGAACCAUUUACUUUACCAAUGCUACCUAAUGAUAAGAAGAGAGCUGCAGCUGCUAAAUCUGAGCUUGCUUCACUAUAUGGUGGGUUUAGUGAUCAAUUAGCUGUUGUGGCUGCAUUUGAUUGCUGGAAGAGUGCAAAAGAAAGAGGUCAAGAAUCAAGAUUUUGUUCUCAGUAUUUUGUCUCUUCAAGCAUCAUGAAUAUGAUAUCAGGAACGCGCAAGCAACUUCAAUCUGAAUUACUUCGAAAUGGUUUUCUACCUGGAGACGAUUCUUGUUUAAGUUUAAAUGCUCAUGACCCAGGAAUACUCCAUGCUGUUCUUGUAGCUGGUUUAUAUCCAAUGGUUGGGAGAUUGCUUUCACCUCCAAAAUGUGGAAAGAGAUCUGCCAUAGAAACUGCAGGUGGUGAUAAAGUACGCCUACACCCUCAUUCGACUAACUUCAAGCUGUCAUUCAAGAAAUUCAAUAGUCAGCCUCUAAUAGCCUAUGACGAGAUAACUCGAGGAGAUUUAGGCUUGCACAUACGAAAUUGCAGCAUUGUUGGGCCAUUGCCAUUGUUAUUGUUAGCUACAGAAAUAGUAGUUGCACCUGGAAAUGAGAAUGCAGAUGAGGAGGAUGACAAUGAUGAAAGUGACUAUGAAGAUAUGGAUGAUGACGCUGAUGAAGAUGAGACGGAAAAUCAUGGUGUGUCAGAUGUUCACCAAGGAGAGAGAAUAAUGUCCUCUCCUGAUAAUACAGUCAAGGUUAUUGUUGACCGGUGGCUUCCGUUUGAGUCCAAGGCUCUUGAUGUUGCUCAAAUUUACUGCUUACGAGAGAGAUUAUCUGCUGCAAUUUUAUUCAUGGUGACAAAUCCUGGGAAAGUCCUUCCAGAAAUGCUUGGGGCCUCCAUAUAUGCAAUUGCCUGCAUUCUUUCAUAUGAUGGUAUGUCUGGGAUUUCAUUGCCAUUGGAAGCUGUUGACAUGCUUACGUCUCUGGUUGAUACCACUGUGAUUGGUCAGUCGGAUCCUGGGAGAAAGAAAAGGGUAGGUCAAAACUCCAGCAGCUUUCUUAGAUCGCUCAUUUCCCCGGCCAGAAGUCACAAUGCUGCUACAAAUUCUCAGCAAGUUGGCAUUCAUGGGUGUUCAGUGUUGAGAAAUUGCAAUAACCUGUCAAACCAUCAUCAACAAUCUGGAUUUACUUCAGCAGGCAUAAAUGUAUGCCAACGGCCUUCAUCACAACUUCCCAUCAUAUCAGGAUCAACAGCGUAUGAUGCAAGAACUUCAAGGGAGGAUUACCGUAAGCGGCCACGUGGAAAUGUGUCAUAAGUAUGGUUUUUUUUUUUUCACAUUUAACGAAGAUAUAGGACAGAAGAAAAGAUUAAAAAAAAAAAACUGAUAAUGAGGUUUAUGUAGUUUGUAAAAGAGUACAUGAAGCAAGUGCGACAAAUGUUCCGUAAGGCUAGUUCUAGUUUCUUGACGACCAAAAAAGUGAUCAGAUGUUUAGUAUAACCGAACUAAUCUCCACUUGAACAAGUGGCAGCAUGUACUUUUGUACUAUAGACACAGAUAAAAUGCUUGUUUAUAGAUGAGAAAGUGCUCUUUGCAGAACAAAUUCAUGGAACGAGAUGUCUGUUGAUUUUUUGUGCACAAAUGAUUGCACAGGCA